AUGUAAAAACAAAUAUUUUUCCUAAUUCAAUCUCAGGUCACACUGUUCACAAUAGUAAAAAACAUUUGUUGUGAAAGAUGAAAUCUACAAAAUUGAAACGAAAUUUUUGGCUCACUGCCGAAAUAGAAUGCAUGCUAAAUCUAAUUAAAGAGGUAAAAUUGGAACAAGGAUCCGCUCCGAGUACCACGACGCAUCACACCUUCACUCAGAUUGCUAGCAAAAUGAAAAAACAUGGAUUUCCCAACAAGUCACCGACGCAAGUGCGUCGAAAAUGGUUUCAGAUGAAGUCCGCAUAUCUUUGCUAUAAAAAGGGGAACGUAGAUCGCUUAUUUUUAAUACCGGAGAAGUUUCGCAAUGUAAUAGCACAGUUUGUUGAAAAUGGUAGUAAAAUGGUAUCUAGCCCUCAACAGCAACCUGCUGAGCGAAAAGUGAAGCCAAAAGUUGCAGUGCCUGUGUCAGCUGUGGAUACAUUUAUGGCGCAGAUAAAGCAGAACAAUAAACUAUUGAAUGCCGAGUUCAACAAAUUGGAAGAGACACUCUUGAAUUAUGAACAACGGUGUCAAAGUAUGCGAGAUUACAAUAUUAUUAAAUAUAUCAAUAAUUACUAGAUUUCUGAAUAGUAUGAACAACGGUGUCAAAGUAUGCGAGAUUACAAUAUUAUUAAAUAUAUCAAUAAUUACUAGAUUUCUGAAUAGUAUGAAGAAAUAGGUAUUUAACUUAUUUUAUAAUUGAUUAGUAUAAUAGUUAUAAAAAUACUUUAGUUAAAAGUGCAAUAGCUUUUUUAUACUCAACGCUUUCCAUAUAUUAUUAAAACAUACAUAUUAAGGAGUUUUAAAUGUUUUGAAUAAAAACAAAAACAGCUGCACUCUAGUUUUGUUUUGGUUUGUGACUUUUGAUAACAAAAAUAGAGCCAGCUCAAUGAACUUUGCACCGAAUUCUG